CAUGAGGGCAUUUGACGAGGUUUUCAUCAGCUUAUCACCCUCAAUGAUAUUCGACCGCCUGUGUCACGCGAGCAGCGAGACUGAGUACUGAACUCCGCUCCUCAAGGCCUCAAGCUUCACGUAAAGUCUUGUGUAGCCGUCGGACGUACUCGAUCGUCCGUUCAUCAUGACACGCGCAAACGCGAAUUCGAAGAAAAUGGCACGUGUGUCGCGAAAAUCACAAGCUUGUCCACUCAUCAAGAUAGAACCCACUGAAGAAUUGUUUAUAGUUUCAUUCCCCGAGUCUGCACGCGACAACACUGAUCACAAAGUGGAAUCUGUGAUCGAGCCGACACUAUAUCAACUCUAUGACUUUACUGAUGAAAUUGCAUACACCCCUGAAAAUGCACUCUAUGAAGGACUUGGGAUGGUGAAGACACUGAAGGUUGCGAUUGAAAAAAUCGAGCUUGGCAGCAGCAAGCUCCGAAAGGAUGUUUGGCUCCGUGAAAUAGACAGUCUCCUCAACCAAGUUGGUCCUACCACGAUGAUAGCCAUCUGUGGCGCAACCGGAGCCGGGAAAUCAUCGACCAUAAAUGCACUGUUGGAUGUCGAUGUUGUUCCCACAAGCGGGAUGAGAGCCUGUACCGCUGUGGUCACCGAAAUUGCGUAUCAUGCUGCGCCUACCAUCGACGCGGAUGUGUCAUUCCUUUCCGAGGCCGAAUGGAGAGAGGAACUUAUUGUUCUACUUGAUGACCUUAAGGCUGAGGGUGGUAAUCUGAAACGUACUACUGACCUACGCGGCGAUGUAGAGGUUGCUUGGCAUAAGAUUCAUGCUGUAUACCCAUCAAUAACUCUACCUCAGCUUGCUAAAAUGACAGUUGAUCAAAUGUUGACCUGCAAUACAAAUAUCACCCGCGUCUUGGGCACCACGAGGAAAAUAUCAGUACAGGAUUCGAGGAGCUUUGCCGAGGGAAUUGCAACAUAUAUUGAUUCUUCGAUGGACCAGAAACGACGGGGUAAAAAGGAUAAGACUCAGAAGAAUAAAAGUAAAAAGAACAACGCUUCUGAUAAUUUAGUCCUCAGCACCGAGGAAAAGAAAGACCAUGACGUAGCUCUAUGGCCCUUGAUUCGUCAGGUGAAUAUCUGGUGCAAUGCUCAAGCUCUUUCCACGGGUGCUAUUCUGGUUGAUUUACCUGGUGUCGCCGACAUUAAUCCUGCAAGAAAUCGCAUCGCGAAGGACUACAUGAAGAAGUGCAACUGUAUCUGGAUUCUAGCGCCUAUCACCCGUGCAGUGGAUGACAAGACCGCCCGAGAUCUUCUUGGUGAAGCUUUCAGACUACAGGUGAUGAUGGACGGCAAUUAUGAUGCCCAUACCAUCACCUUCAUUGCUACCAAGUCUGACGAUAUAACUUGUUCUGAGGUUAUCUCUGACUUGGAUCUCGAGGACGACACUGUGCUAAAGGAAAUCGAGAGUCGCAUCACAUUAUGCACAGAGGAAACAACGGAGCUCAAACUAAAAAAGGUUGAUGCAGAAUUACAGACCAAAACUAUCAGCGAACGGCUCGAACAACUCCAAGUCUUUCUACAGCAAUGCCAGAUACAUAAGAUGGCACUCGCGAAUGGUAAGACGUUUGUGCCACAGCUGACUGCAACAGCACACCAGGUGACCCAGAGCGUGGGCAAGAAGCGAAAGAACACUCGCAGGGGGGAAUCUGGGCCAGCUAAGCGUCAGAAGAGUAGCACCGGGGAAAAUUCGGAAGAUGAUCGUGAUGGCAACAUGGAUGUCGACGAUACACACGGAGGGCAGAAAUCAUUCGAAGAAGAGCAGGAAGAGCACGAAAAGGAGGACACACAGCAUGAUGACGGCAUCGAAAAUGAGCCAGAAGAAGAGGUCACAGUCCGGAUUCUCAGUACGAAGAUCGACGACACCCAGGAAGCUAUCAAAGCUGGAUCUAAACAACUCGAUGACGCACGGAAGGCACAUAUGAACGUCACGGAUGCCCUUGAAAACCUCCAGAGGAAAGAGACGGAAGCGCGGCGUGACCAAAGCACAUUUUGUUCUCUCAAGCGUUCAGAGUUCUCCUGCAAUGUUUUGAAGGAAGAUUUCCGUGUCGGGCUGAAACAACUUGAUGACACCGCUGCCGAGGAGCAAGACCCAGAUUCUUUUGAUCCAACUCAGAAUCUGCGCAAUUAUGAUGAGAUCGACCUUCAGGUGUUCACUUGCUCGUCCCGUGACUACGUCCGCAUAACGGGACGAAUAGAACGUGAUGGAGACCCAUCAUGUUUCUCCAACGUCAAAGAUACCGGAAUUCCUGCUUUGCAACAAUGGUGCCACCAGCUAGCCGUUGGUAGCCAAUUACGGGCCGCAAAACAAUUCCAUUCUCAAUUGAGAAUGUUCGCCAACUCGGUGCGGGUGUAUGCUGAUGGUAUUGGUGAUGUGGUUGUUGCAGACAGUGAAGCCCUUCGUAAAAAAUGGGAGUCAGUAGAGGGUGGCCUGAAGCAUUUCAAGCUCUCCGCGAUGAACAUAAAAGUAGAUCCUUAUGGCGAACCUACAGGAAUCACGCCUCGGCUAGUGAAAGAUUUUGGUGCAUGUGUCGAACGGUGUGUUUCAGAUCUGCAAGGUCUGUUCCGUGAUGGUCUUGAAGACAAGUGUCGAGCGGGCGCAGUGGAUGCUGCGAAAGGUGCACUUCAACACGUCGACAAGUUUGCAGGGUCCAUGCAUUGGAAUACCUAUCGAGCCACACUUCGUCGCAACGGGUCUUGGCAUCGUGACCUCAAUGCCGAACUUCUGAUACCAUUCACCCGGAAUAUUGCUUCUUCUUGGUCAAAGCUCUUCGAGUCCGAUCUAUUUGCCCCAUUAUCAUCCGCGAUCACGGAAUGUGUCGACAGGCUGCUCGCAGAUGUGGAAGCGAGCGCAACGGCUGGAUUAAAAGAUCGCGCAUGCGCACGAAGAUCCGAUUCCCAAGAAGAGGCGCGCCUCGCAUUAGGGAGAAUCAUAAAGGUCGUAGAAGAAGCGCUUGUACAGGAGCAAAAGGAGAUAUCUCGUUGUCUCGCUCCUCAUGUCCAAACCGAAUUGGUAGACGGCUACGAACUUGCCGCCGGACAACGAGGCAAAGGAAGUGUCACGCGACAGAAGACUGUGUUCCAUACCUACGUUGCCACACAUAAGCAUGCCAUUUUUGAUGGCGGAGCAGAGGUGCUCCUGAAUCGUUUGACGGCUGCAGCUGAGGCCAUCGGGAAGGCUGUCAACGAGUUACUCAGGGAACUUGCUGAGAAGGUUGAAGUGUCAAUCAGUGUGCUUUGGGAAGGCAUGCCGGAUGACCUCCGUGUUCGAUCGCAAAUUUUCCAAUCAGUGUCUCAGAUGCUUGAUCAGUUGGCCAUGUGGUCACAGGCAGCGGAGAGGGUCUCUUUGGCCUCCUAGAUGGAUUAUCGUUAUCACUUCGUUUCCUUAAUUUCUUUCGGCAUUACCAUCGGCGUCUUAUAGGUAUCCUAUUAUAAUGCUUUCCUUUAGCAAUUGUGUCAGAGCUCUAGCCGUCGUGCUUUCGACCUUGGUCUUGUGCUUAUUAUACUCGAGGAGUUAUUACUGUUUACCCGUCACUUUUUUCAUCCAGUAACCACCACAAAUGAUAAUAUACAGGUAGAUGAGCUUCAUCCCCCCUAAAUGAUAGAUCA